CAUAUUGGCUCUGGUAAGGGGAGUGGAUCCGGCCGAGCUGCUUGACAAAUCUCAGCAGUUUCCUGACAUGGAGCACUUUAAGGAUAACAAGUAAAAAAACGGAUAACACAAAACGCACUCGUUUACCUUGACUAGCGAGAGCGGCUAUUUCGCGACCUCCGCUUCUUGCCAGUAUCUUAAAGAGGACAAAUCGUCCAAACUCGAGUGAGUGGAGUGAUGGAUCCCAGGACCACUUGGAUCCAGCCGGAGCAGAAGGGACCGGCCAAUUCCCUGUGGACGCGCAUUUGGGAGACCUCGCAAGGUUUGGGGGCCAACUCCUCCGGCGGCAACAACCUCCUCAACCACAUACGGAACUUCGCGGUGCAGAAUGCCAAUGCCCCCGGCGAGCAGGGACCGGGGCCGGCGACGGCGGCGCGGCUGCCGGAGAAACUCCCGCGGAGGGACGGCAGUAAGGGCAGUAACGGCCGCAGGAAGGGCUCCCUGUCGCCCUCCUCGUCCUCUCUGGACUCCGAGGCCGAGAGCUCGCCCUGCGGCUCCCUGCUGCACAUAGACAACCUGAACGUGUCGGAGGAGGCCCGCACGUUCCUGCACUACGAGCUGAACGAGAACAACCUGCGGACCCAGCAGGGACAGCAGCAGCAGCAGCAGCAGGGGCCGCCGGCGGGGCUCCAGCCCCAGCAGCAGCGCUGUCGCAGCAUGCAACACUCCGCCGGCCACACCCCCACCCUCAAGCUCCACCACGGGGGCAAACACCACCACCACCACAGGAGGCAGCUCAACCGGGCCAACACCUUCCACGGCGUACACCCGCUCCUGCACCCCGGGGACUCGUCCUGCAGCCUGUGGAAGAUGCGCAGCUACAGCCCGGGCGUGGACGGUCUUCACGAAGAAAUUAUGGACUUUUUCAACUUCAUGUCCCCUAAACCCGAGGAGCAGGCCAUGAGAAGGGAUGUUGUGAACAAAAUCGAGUCUGUUAUCAAAGAUUUGUGGCCCACAGCCAGGGUGGAGAUAUUUGGGAGCUUCAGCACAGGACUAUAUCUUCCUACAAGUGACAUCGACUUAGUGGUGUUUGGAAAGUGGGACCAUCCCCCCCUGCAGGAACUCGAGCAGGCCCUGAAAAAACACAACGUGGCUGGUCCGUACCCCAUCAAAGUCCUUGACAAAGCUACAGUGCCAAUCAUCAAACUAACUGAUCAAGAAUCAAAGGUGAAAGUUGACAUCAGCUUUAACGUAGAGACCGCAGUCAAAGCAGCACAGUUUAUCAAAAGCUACCUUAAGAAGUACACCGUUCUUCCACCCCUGAUCUUCGUUCUGAAGCAGUUUCUAUUGCAGAGGGAUUUGAAUGAAGUCUUCACCGGAGGCAUCAGCUCGUACAGCCUCAUACUGAUGGCCAUCAGCUUCCUGCAGCUGCACCCUCGGAUCGACACGCGGCGAGCCAACAUUAACCUGGGCAUCUUGCUAAUUGAGUUCUUCGAGCUGUACGGUCGUGAUUUCAACUACUUGAAGACUGGUAUCCGGGUGAAGAACGGAGGAGCCUACCUGUCUAAAGAGGAGAUGCUCAAGGCCAUGGGGAACGGGAACAGGCCCUCCAUGCUCUGCAUAGAGGACCCUUUACAGCCAGGCAACGACGUGGGCCGGAGUUCUUAUGGAGUCCUGCAAGUCAAGCAGGUGUUUGACUUUGCCUACAUGGUGUUGAGUCAUGGCGUGUCUCCUCUUGCUCGGGCAUACCCCAACAAAGAAUAUGAUAGCACUCUAGGACGAAUAAUCAAAAUCAGUCCGGAGGUCCUGGCCUACAGAGAAUGGACAAUCAAGAAAUGGAGAGCGAAGCAGUUCACCAAGCUGGAAAACCAUGAUAUUGAAGCCUGUGAACAGGAUCUAGGCCGACUGAUGCUCGUUGAUGAUCAGAGAGACUCUUCUUCCCCCCUCAGUGCAGAGUCCCUCUCCCCUCCUCCAGUGUUUCUCCCCAGCCCUCAACACCAUUCUUCAUCAUCGUCCUCUGCAUGCUCACUCUCUUCCUCGUCUUCCUCUGGGAGUGACAUUGAGUCUGAUUCUCCACCCAGCAGCAGCGCUGCCAUCCAGGUCCACCCGGUGGCCCUGGCCUCGGUCCAUUCCAUGAUCCAGAUGGCUGCUGAAAUGAGGGCUGCACAAUCAGCAGGCUUUAUCCACACAGCUCAGCAGCUUCAGUUGCCUUACCAAGAAAACAUCACCAUUCCUUCUCUCUCCGAUUGCCAAUUCUACCACGAGAACUCUCCUUCCAUUAGCGUUGUGCACUGUCACGCAACGCACGGCGCACAAGUGCCCCAGCCCGCUAACCCCAGCAGCCCUCUCCCCAGCCCCCUCCACCACCCUCACGUGAGAGAGCCGCAGAGCCACACUUACGCCAUGAGGUCCCACUCCCACGGCUCCGUUGAGCCACACAAGUUCAGCUUCAAGCACAACCAGUCCGGCAGCUUCCAAGCGCAAAAUUACCCUCAAGGAAACUUCAGUCCCCAGCGCAGGUUUGUUCCCCAGGGUCAUAACACAGGAUCAGGCUUCAGGAACCAGCACCAGUACAACCGCAACACCUGGCGACGCAGAAAGAGGGACAGUGCUCCUACUCUCAACCAGAGCCGGUGAGGACUCGGGCCGUUGGGACUCUGUGCUUGUAUGCAUUCUGUUUUUUGUGUCUUUUCAAACAUCCACCUGCGUUGUGCAAGAACUCACAAGUCCGUUCAAGUUGUCUCCCUUUCCAUGCUGGAAACUUGGAAAAGACUUGCUGAAUGUUUGCAGCUCCUCCUCUGAGCGGAGCGUACACUAGCACAAACUCGGGCUGAUUUUGAUGAAUUUGUAAUCGAUAGACUGGGCCUUCCUCACCAGUGUCACAUCUCCGUUGGUCGAAGAGGUGUCAAGUAUCGGUUUAACAUCAACAUUUCAAAUGUGCCAUAGUACUGAGCUGGUCGAUCAAAGAUCUUGACCCUUUAUCGGGGCUUUCUUAUCAAGAUUUGGGCGCAUUUCAUCGUCUGAAUGCAACUCCCCGUUAUUUCAGAGCUCUUAAAGCUUGAAGUGUCAUCUACAAGUUGUGCUCUGGACUGAAGUGAAGCACUACCUUUCCUACCUAUGCAGCGCAACGCUGACGAUGUUUUUGAUGUGACGGCACAAAACAGACGUUGUCUUAAGUGCUUAAACUGUGAUGACUGGUUUGAAUGUACCAAGUUUUGUGUGUUGUCGUAAAAUUUUAUUCUUUUCUUUUUUUUUUGUCACAACACGAUUUUCACAAUUUUACAUUGGCACUAUUUUUUGUUUCAUACUGUAAACGUUGCCACCUUAGUUGCAUUUAUGUGCAAUAAGUACUUGUUUUUAUUUAUUUCACAUUUUAGGGGCUCUCCCCACUAUAACUUAGUUUUUAUGUUGACGAUAUUGGUCGGUGCAAUAGAUGGAUUGAAGGGCUGUGUGAGCGUGUGUGUGAGUGAUUGAGCGUGUGUGUGUGUUUGAGCGUUUGUGUGUGUGACUGACUGGCUUUCCAGCAGAAGGGGGAGCUAUAGUAUAGCAUCAGAAAUGUGCCAAAAACCCAAUGCCAACAUUUUACUCGUGCUUAUGUGAUCACUUGAAAUUUUGCCGACUGCCUGUCUUUUCCGUCACUAGUAUCCAGGGCUUUGAGUUGGCUGCAUUUCCUUUUGAGGGACGGUGUUGUGGAAAUGUACCUUCAGCCAUUUCAGAAAUGGUUGGUGCUAAUUUAUUACCAGCAAAGUACUUGUUUUGCCUUAGAUAUGCUUUGAUUCUGUUAAAGCGACAGGUUAACUGCCUUCUUAACUGACCAAACUUGUCCUUUUUUCCUGUAAAUAUUCAAAGCUUUGUGCAUUUUGUUUUUCCCUUAAGCAUUGCUAUGGUUACAUACUUUUUAAAAAUUUUAUUUAUUUUUUUACAAGCUGCCUUUUACAUAACACUUCCAGGAGGAGACUCCCAUUGCAGUUACUGAUUGUUAGUAUUGUUAACAUAGCAGUAUUACCAUCAUGUCUUUUGUUUCUUUUUCUUUUCAGUGCAGUUACCGGUCGUCAGUGUUAACAUUGUUAAUAACAGUAUUAUUAACCAUAGCAGUGUUGGAAUCAUUAGGGUUUUUUUUUUCACUGCUGUCGGUGUUAAACCAAAGCAGUAUUAACAUUGCGUUUUUGUUUUGUUUUCUUCCUCAGUGUUAACCAUGGCAGUAUUAACACAUUUUUCCAAGUGCAGCAUUUUGGCAACUUGUCCAGAAGAUCUUAUAUUGCAUUGCACCAAAUCCCGAGCUCAUGUCCAUGUAAUGUAGGAUGCGUUGCAUUGCAACUAUCAUUUAGGUGUAUAC